AUGGAGCACUUCAUCGAGACCGUGCGCAAGUACCCCUGCCUGUGGAACACCACCGCCAUCGAGUACCGCGACCAGGAGCUCAAGGAUGCGGCCUGGACGGAAGUUAUGAAGGAGACCGAUCUGUCGUCAGUAAAAGAAGUGAAGCUGAAAUGGAAAAAACUACGUGACAGCUACAGGGACGCGCUCAAGCGUCAGAGCGAAAUGCUGGCUAAGGACCCGAGCAACCCGGCGAAGAAGAACUACCCGUGGAAGUACAUGGGGCUGAUGCAGUUCCUCCAGCCGCACAUGAGCAUCCGCAAGAAGCCGAUCGAGUCGGCGUACGCGUCAGCGCAGGCCGACACGCAGCCGGAGACCGCGCACAACGGCGGCGACGCGCACUCCUCCUCCGACUCCGAGUCGGAGCCCGAGUCGUCGCCGAAGCGGAAGGGCUUCGAGCGGCUGGCCGUGAUCGACCGUAAGCUGGACUACCUGUGCAAGGCGCAGAGCAAGCGGCAGUUCACGGAGGCGCACCUGCACGAGCGCGGCCGCCCGCCGCCCGACCCGCUCGACAUCUUCUUCAACAGUAUGUGCCAGUCCACGAAGCGCUUCCCGUACCCCACGCAGAUCAAGAUCAAGCGGACGCUGUUCGAGGCGGUGAUCGCGGCGGAGGAGGCGCUGAUCGCGGAGCAGCAGAGCUACGCCAGCCUGUGGGCGCGCGGCGCCGGCAGCUCCAGCAGUAGCGACGACGCUGAAGCUGACGCGCCAGACGAGCGCCGGCCCUCCUGA